GUUGACACUGACCUUAUUCACAAGUUGGAUGAAGAACUUCAAUACGAAAAGUCCAAUGAAGAAGAAGGCCAACCCGAGUUUGUCAAGGACUUUUUGCAAACCAAUGCUUUCAAGAUUGAAGACAAGGCUGGUGUUGAUGAAGUCAGUCUUGUUCGUACGUUUGGUAACGAAAAGAUCCGUGUCUUGUUUUCUAUUUCAGACAUCAAUAAUGCUACCUCUGAUGAAUUCCUUCCUGAAGAUGAUAUGGUUGAAAAUGAAGAAGAAGUUGUCUCUUUCCCUGUUCGCGCUUCUGUCACUAUCGAAAAGGAAGGACAAGGUGCUGUUACCAUCGAUACAGUUGCUCAAGACGGUGAAAUUGCAGUUGAAAGUGUUAUGUACUACAAGGAUGGCAAAUUAGCCAAUGAACAAUCUGCUGAAGCUGACUGGCAACGCCGUGGUCUCUACAUUGGUCCUCAAUUUGCUGAAUUGGAUGAAGGUCUUCAAAGUCUCUUUGAGCGUUACCUUGAAGAACGUGGUAUUAACUCUGCCUUGGCUAAUUUCUUGCCUGAUUAUAUUGAAUACAAGGAACAAAGAGAAUACACUCAAUGGCUUCAAAGUAUGAAGAACUUCGUUUCUGCCUAA